AUGGCCUACGUUACACUCACGAACAUUACGGUACUGGAUAAUCCCACGGCCUUUACGAAUCCUUUUCAAUUUGAGGUCACUUUCGAAUGUGCUCAACAGCUCGAGACCGAUCUAGAGUGGAAGAUUACGUACGUUGGUAGCGCUGAAGACGAAAGUCGUGAUCAGGUACUGGAAGAAGUGCUCGUUGGUCCCGUGCCUGUGGGAACCAACAAGUUUGUAUUUCAGUCGGAUCCACCUAACCCAGACAUGAUUCCAGAUGAGGACAAGGUCGGUGUGACGGUAGCACUUGUCACGUGUUCGUACCGUGGUCGUGAAUUUGUACGAGUGGGGUAUUACGUUAACAACGACUACGCCGACCCGUUCUUGUUAGAAAAUCCACCUGCCCGUGUCGAUAUCUCGAAAUUACAGCGUAAUAUUCUUGCGGACAAGCCACGUGUCACCCGCUUUCCCAUUGACUGGUCACCUGCGGGUGCUCAGGGUCCAAACGCUAUGGAAGAUACCAACCAUCAGGAUGUCGCUGCCAUUGGCUUCGGCGCAAUGCAGGCUGGCGCGUGUGGUGCUUCUAUAGCUGGCACUAAUCUUGAAAUGGACUUUGUGGAUGACGAGGAGCUUGUGAAAGCGGCAGCUCAGCUGGACCAUAAUUACACUGAUAUUGUCAUUGGCGGAAACGCUGGUGAUGAUAUGGAGGAGGACAUUGACUUGGAUGAAGAGGAUGAUGAAGAUGAUGAAGCGGAUUCUGUCGAAGAAGCUGAGGAAGAAGAUGCCGAUGGCGACAUGGAGAUGGAAGAUAUUGAACAGCAAUAA